GCUUAGCUUAGCUUAGCUUAGCUUAGCAUAACACAACAUAACACUCAAUACUGUACUGCUGCUGCUUACAUUAAAGCUUAACUAGCUAGCUUUAGCUCACUAUAUUAUCUAAAUACUUACCAUGAAGGCUACACUUUCAUAUGUCCUCUGUUUAUUCGGCGUUUAUUAUUUUAUCUCUCUCGCUGAAGGAAACGGUCGGUAUUCGUACGCAGAUUGCACUUAUGUGAAGGGAGACUACGUCUCGAGGUAUUAUGGAAGUCGAUGUUUUUGCUACACAACUGGAGGAAUUAAAUGGAAAGACAUGUGGUCCACAUUCCAGGUCCGCGUGGCAAGUGCAGAUGAUGUACAUGUUGUGUAUCCGAUGGAGGCCAAAAACUGCCAGGAUCCCUUCAAAAAUCUUAUAACACUUGCAACAUGUGUGAUCGAACCCUUCUGGCCCUCCACUACACACAAGGAGAAGGUGCUGGACAUCCCACUUGUUGAAGAAGAUGUUUACUUCAUGACGAAAUCUCCCAGAGCCAGUGCAGAAUAUAACCUUUAUGUCUACAACCAAAGGUUCAACUGGAUGCGCUUUUUGCUUUUUGUCAGUGGGCUUAUGCUCUUCUAUUUCGCUGGAGCUAUAUGUAGGAGCUCAUUGUUUUUCUACAUCUCAGGGAUUUCACUGGGAAUGGCCUCCAUUUUAGUCUUUCUGCUUUUAGUCCUGAAAAACUUUGUUCCAAAGCGAGGACUUUUCCUGGUGUUGUUUGGAGCUGGCUCUGGUCUGUCCUACCUGGGCAUCCAGAAGUUGAUGAAUAAUGGGGAAGAGAUUAUGAAGCUUUACUGGAAAGAGCUCCUGGGCUAUCUGCUGCUGUCAGGCUUCAUCAGCUUUGUUUUCUGCUACAAACUCGGCCCAAUUACCAACAAGCGUACACUAAACCUGAUGACCUGGCUUCUGCAGGCUGUAGCCGGGGUAGUGGCCUGCCACGGGGUCACCUACGGUCCUAUCUCCUGGAUGCUGCUGGCCACACUGCUCUCCUUUAAGGUCCUGCCUCUGGUGUUGGCUAUCCUGGUGGGGAUAUGGAGACAAACCUGUUGGCUGCUGUCAGCUCUGGGUCUCCUCCGGAGCAGGAAGCGUCCCAAAACCAGGCUGCUGACAGAAGAGGAGUACCGGGAACAAGGAGAGCGACACACUAAAGCUUCCCUGGAGGAGCUGAGGAAAUACUGUAACAAUCCCGGCUUCCCUGCAUGGGACACUGUUCUAAAACUGCGAUAUCCACAAAGGUUUGCUGAGUUCCUGCGUAACGGUUCCCACGUCACUGCCUCUGAGACGCAGAGCCAUGCACAGUACGGGCUGCGAGCGGAUUAUGAAGAAGAUGCAUUCCUGGACACGACCAAAUCAUCAGCCACAUCGGAGGACCUGAGUGAAGACUAUUUUGCACACACACCAAACACAUAUUCAUCAUACUCACCCCAAACUCCAAGCACGAGCUCCUUCUGUUCCUUUCCUGCCCUGCCCUCCACACCCCCCAGCAUGUCUUACGGAGGCCCGAUAUGUCCAUAUCCUCCUUCUCCACUCACCCCACAGCCACAGAUUGAUCUGACAGAGGAGGAUGACGACCCUUUCUGAUAGGGAUUUUAUACAGGCUUCCACCACUGAUUUUUUUUUUAAUUAAAAAUGGUUUUAAUUGUAAAAAAAAAA